AUGAAGUCGGUUACAUUCAUCAUAAUUUUGGUAACCUUUGUCCAAACUUGGACGUCUGUCCGAGGUGAGUGCGGUCUUACGAGUGCAGCCAAUGUAUCCUGUCCUCUCGACACAUACUACGUCUUUGAAGGUGAUGAAAUCAAUGUGACCAUAUCGGUCGUAGCCGUCACAACUAGAGGUAUCAUCACCUUCGAUACCGAGAAUCAAGCCAACUUUGAACUGGUGGUUGAUGAAUCCUUCCCGGUGACCACCGAAGAUGACUUCCCUACAAACCUGACUGUGACGCUCCAUGCCAAACUGAUAUCCAUCAGCAAGCUUCAGGUCAAGUUCAUAGCAGAUACCUCUGAAGAUGUCCUCAUGGUGGGUUCUCAAACCAUUGCGGUCAAGCGUAUCCCAUCCAUCCUGCAGACCAUCUACAUAUACGUGUUGAUGGUAUGGAUUGUCUUGAGCUAUCUGUCCAUGGGAGGUACCAUGGACAUGCAGGUCAUCUGGGCGAGGGUAAGGAGACCAUGGGGUGUGCUCAUCGGUAUCUUCUGCCAGUUCAUCAUUAUGCCUGCCUUGACAUUUUACAUCGCUAAGGUGGCUGCAGCUGACGAUCCAACUACGGCUCUCGGCAUCGUCAUUAUCGGCACCUGCCCCGGUGGCUGGCUCAGCAACGUAUUCAGUGUCCUUCUCGAUGUCGACUUCGUCCUAAGCUUGACGAUGACGUUCUUUUCAUCCAUCAUCGCCCUGGGAAUGAUGCCUCUCAAUCUGUUCAUCUACGCCACACCUUUCGCCGAAGACAACGCCAGAUUGGAAACACCGUACGGUGAGAUGGCUCAGCAGCUAGCACUGCUCGUCGUUCCGUGCUUCAUCGGCAUAGGAUUGUCACAUAAAUUCCCCAAGUUCAAAACAUUCUGCAGUAAAAUUAUGAAGCCUGUUGGUACACUGCUGAUCAUCAUUGGUAUUUCACUAGCUGUCCCAGCCGAUCUCUAUGCCUUCACUACUGCAUCGGUUAAGAUUUGGGCAGUAUCUCUCAUCACACCGGCAUUUGGAGCGUUCUUCGGCCUGUCCUUCGCCCGUAUCUUCGCUCGGGACAUUCGUACCUCCAUCACCAUCGCCUUGGAGACCGGAAUCCAGAACGCUCUCCUUGGUCGUACCAUCAUCGGUCUCUUCUAUCCUCAACCCGAAGCCGAUCUCAUCGCCCGUGUCAUGCUCGUCAACGUGCUCGUCACCCUCAUCGAAGGCAUCGUCGCCGUGAUCAUCUACUCAGUCAUACGUUACCUGCUGUGUAAGUCACGCUGUGAUGAUGUCCUAGGAGGAGGAGGCGAGGUAGAAGAUGAUGAAGAGAAGAUAAUCCAGGAUGGGGCUUCUAAACCAUCUGCUGUGUACUCUGUGAAUGGUAACAUGAAGGAGACGAGAUAUUCGCAGGCAGGGGACGGGGCCAUUGAUAACCCAUGUGUUGAGAUAACACCUUAA